CUAAUCACGUUUGGCAAUCAUUCAAACCUGUUUACAAUUUAAGCUUAUUUUUUUCAAUAUUGCCUAUUCAUACCGUAUAUGCAUUUCAGCACUCACAAUUUACUAUUCAUAAACCACAGAUUUAUUUUCUAUAUUGGAUAUUUGAUAUUCAUGGUACAAGACCGGUACAGAAAUCCCUGUCUAGGUUCUUUGUAUUUUCCAUGUGUUUCAUUACUUAUUGUUUCAUAUAUCUUACUGUAUGUGUUCACUGGCACUGUAUUUGUUACAUGAUUCCCAAUGUUAACAGCAGUGAAGAAUUCCUUACAUUUGCCAUAUUUACAAUAUCUUGAAAAAAUGUUCGUUUCGUUUUGGUCCUCUCUCCUCGCUUUCGUAACACAUGAACAGGUUAUUGAGACAGUAAUGUUCCGCAUGUGUUACAUUACAAUCCGUCUUAAACAGAGGCUCUGCAUAACAGUGUAGGUAAUGACAUCCAUCAGUAUAUGUUGUAUCGAUAAAAUCAACAAUCUACUUGUCGGAAAGUUACACCAAGUCUGAAUCACGGAAAUCUAAUUCUGGGCCUGCAUCAAUUAUACAUUCAAUGUGAGACAGUAAUACAACGUGUACACACCAAAACAUCCUACCUGCGAAUAAAAAGAUCAUGGAAACAUUUCUACUUCACCAUCAAUGGAAAGGAUCGAUGAGAUUAUCAAAUCCACAGACAGAGGAGCUGAAGGCAGUGGACACAGAACUUCUAGGAGCUUAACAUGUCUAAAUGAUCAAAUAGUGGCUCUGUUAAAUGAUGGAAGGAUCACUUUAUUGACAUCUUGUGGCAUGAAGGCUGUAAACAAUGGUGGUACAGAGGUCAAGACCUAUCGUGGCAUAAAGAACCGUUCCUUGUGUAGAGAAGAGAAUUCUGACUUGGAGGAAAUCAAACUCAACCGACAGCUAGAGACUAAUAUUACUGAGAGCAUCCAUGGCAUGGACAAGGCAUUGUUGUCUCUGGAUGCGGCUGGAAAAAUUAGCAGUUGUACCCUUACAAGUCUGGACACCCGAGGCUGGGCUAUGUCCUCCUUAACUCCUGUUCUAUGUGCUGAGCCCAUAGCAUCAGUUAGCUGUGGUAAGGAGCAUGUGCUUCUACUAGGCCAAAAUAGGCAGAUCUACUCCUAUGGAGGAGGCAGUCGUGGGCAGCUAGGCCAUGGGGAUGUCGUGAACCAGAGAGAACCACAGUUGGUAGAGGCACUAGCUGGCGUGGGCUUCUCCGCAGUGGCAGCGGGUGGGUGGCACUCUGCUGCAUUGUCAGAUAUUGGAGACGUUUGGGUUUGGGGAUGGAAUGAGAGUGGGCAACUUGGAUUGCCAUGUAAUGAAAAGGAGAGUGACAGAAAAAACCUGCAAAGUAAAUCUACAAAUCAUUCGGAAACAGAUGUGCAAAAACCUACAAAACUGUCUGAAAGUAAAGUAGGAAUGAAAACACAAACAUUUAUUGGCAAAAACGAUGUAUUUAUCAGUGAUCAAACUUCUGAACUUAUUACACAGUCAUCAUCAGUUUCAUUUGACAAAAUAACAUCUCCAGGCAGUAACACCUGCCAAUCAAAUGAUAACCAAUCAACUGCUAGGAUACUCAAGGACUCCAUACCCCAAGAUUCUUCAGAUGUUACAAAAGUGUUCAUUGGCUCACCUUCUUCCCAGCCAAGACCAGUCUAUGAUAGGCUGGUCAGUAUGGAGAGUCAUGUGUAUGUCCAGAACUGUGAUGUGACAAAUGUCCAAGUCCAGAGUGAGCCUUGUGGACUUGACCUGCUGGAUACAACAGUCAGUAAGAUCAGCUGUGGAGCUAGACAUACUGCACUUCUAACAGUUCCAGAUGCUGGAGUUGUGCUAACAUGUGGGUGGAACAAGUAUGGACAGUUAUGUCUGGGUGACACAAAGAGCAGAGACUUUCUUCAGUCUGUUGAUUUCUUUGUGAAACGGAACCUAAAGGUUACAGAUAUCCACAGUGGUCAUUGGAAUACUGUUAUCAUCACAGAGAACGAUGGCGAACAUGAUAGUGUGCCCAUGACGGAGUAUUUGUCACAGGAAACUGUGUCUUGACAAGUUCAUGAAUUUUAAUUAAAGGAAAAAACUUACGAAAA